AUUUCGCGCGUUAUCGGAUGGUCCUCACGUGGGGCGAAAAAAGUCAACAAUAGUCCCUUCCUGGUCAAAGUUUUACCAAAUUAACGUGCCAGAAUGGACCCCAACGCUUUAGUGAACACUCUCAGGGAGACUUUAGACCCUGCCCUCCAGCAAGAAGCUGAAAAAAAGCUCGAUGAGGUGCAUAAGAUCAUUGGGUUCGCCCCACACCUCCUUAAUGUGGUCAUGGCCCCAGAACUGGACAUGCCAGUACGACAAGCUGGGGUCAUCUAUCUCAAAAACAUGGUUAACCAAUUUUGGCAAGACCGGGAGGUUGAGAACCCUGUCGACCCUGUACCAUUCAGCAUCCAUGAGCAAGACCGUGCACAGAUCAGAGAUAAGAUCGUCGAGGCUGUUAUUCAUGCUCCAGAACCUGUCCGGGUUCAGCUGACUGUGUGUGUGAGUAAUAUCAUGAAGCAGGACUAUCCUGGAAGAUGGCCUGAUGUCCCAGAAAAGAUCAGAGUCUACCUUGAGACUGGCACGAAAGAAGUGUGGUUUGGAUCACUCCUUUGUCUUUAUCAGUUGGUCAAGAACUUCGAGUACAAAAAGCCAGAAGAACGCAAGCCGUUGACGGCCGCCAUGGUUGUCUUGUUGCCGUUGUGUCAAAAGCGCUGCAUGGAAUUGAUGGAAGAAGGGGCAAAGUUUGAAUACGCAAUCCUUAUACAGAAACAGAUUCUAAAAAUAUUCUAUGCGUUGGUUCAGUACAAUCUCCCCCUCGACUUGGUUCCCCAGGGUGACCCAUUCAUUGGCUGGAUGGAGCUUCUGCGACAGAUCUUGGAACGGCCUAUCCCGCCAGUCGUUCUUACCCUCACUAAUACUUACCUGCAAACAAAUACAAUCGACGAGGACGAACUGCCCGAGUUUGCUUGGUGGAAGAUCAAGAAAUGGGCCCUUCACGUUCUCACCAGGUGUUUCGAAAGGUAUGGCAGCCCCGGGAAUGUCACAAAGGAGUACAACAGUUUUGCCACCUGGUACUUGAAAAGUUUUUCUGAGGGCAUCAUCCAAGUGAUCAAAUUGAUUCUCCUGGACUGGUACAGCCAGCAUAACAUAUAUCUGGCACCCAGAGUUAUGCAACAAGCUCUUAACUAUCUCAACACAGGUGUAAGCCAUGGCUGGUCGUGGAAGUUUAUCAAGCCACACAUACAACCAAUCAUUCAAAAAGUGCUCUUCCCAAUCAUGUGUCACACGGAGAAGGAUGAUGAGUUAUGGGAGACUGACCCUUAUGAGUACAUACGAGUCAAAUAUGAUGUGUUCGAAGACUUUGUUUCGCCUGUGACUGCUGCACAGACCCUGCUACAUUCGUCAGUGUCCAAGCGAAAAGAUAUCCUGCCCAAAACCAUGGGAUUCUGCAUGCAGCUUCUCAGUGAACCAGAGACGGGACCCAGAGAUAAAGAUGGUGCUCUUCAUAUGAUUGGAUCUGUGGCCGAUAUACUUCUCACAAAAAAAAUAUACAAAGAUCAAGCAGAAAUGAUGCUGGCAAACUAUGUGUUCCGGGAAUUCCAGAGUAGUUGUGGUUUCCUCCGAGCUAGGGCUUGUUGGAUGUUACACCACUUCAAUGAGGUCAAGUUCAAAGAUGAGAAGAAUCUACAAACCGCGUUGGUGCUGACGAAGAAUUGUCUGUGCGGUGACAAGGAUCUCCCAGUCCGGGUUGAGGCAGCCAUAGCCCUUCAGAUGCUCAUCACAAGUCAGGCCAAAGCCAAGGAUAUGAUGGAACCAUUUGUUCGUCCAGUCAUUCUACAGUUAUUGGAGGUCAUUCGAGAAACAGAAAAUGACGAUCUCACAGGUGUGAUGCAGAAACUAGUGUGCACCUACGUCGAGCAAGUGUCCGAUAUUGCCGUGGAGAUGACACAGCAUUUGGCCAAGACGUUCGAACAAGUGAUAUUAACGGACGAAGAUGGCUCAGACGAGAAGGCGAUAGCAGCCAUGGGCAUUCUGAACACAAUAGACACCAUUCUGACUGUGAUGGAUGAACAGAAAGAAAUUUUAGCAAAGUUAGAGGUUAUAGUCCUAGAUAUAAUUGCACUCAUACUGCGGAAAAAUGUUUUAGAAUUUUAUGAAGAAGUCUUGUCCUUGAUCUACAGCCUUACAUGCCAACAAGUGUCCGAGUCCAUGUGGAUGGUCUUCGACAUGAUCUACGAAAUGUUCCAAAAAGACGGCUUUGACUACUUCACAGACAUGAUGCCAGCCCUCCAUAACUAUAUUACAGUUGAUUCACCAGUGUUCAUGUCAAAACCCAAGAAUUUGGAAAUCGUCUUUAGCAUGUGCAAAGCUAUUCUAACAGGUGAUGCAGGAGAAGACGCCGAGUGCCAUGCAGCGAAGCUUCUCGAGGUGGUGUUAUUACAGAGUCCAGGCCUGCUUAAUGAUCAGGUCGUGACGUCGUUUGUAGAAUUAGUCCUCGAGCGGUUAACGCGGGAAGUGCGCACAUCUGAGCUGCGUACUAUGUGCCUUCAGGUUGUUGUUGCUGCCCUUUACUGCAACGCAACCAAACUACUGGAAAUUUUAGGAAAUAUGCACGAGGCGAUAACGCCCACGUUCUUGACGCAGUGGCUACAUGAUACAGACUGUUUCCUUGGCCUUCAUGACAGAAAAGUGUGCGUCCUUGGUCUGUGCGCCUUGAUGUCGACGCCAAGUAAUCGACCGGCAGCAAUAAAUGCUGUUGUCCAGCAGAUCGUCCCAUCAGCUCUCAUGCUGUUCUCGGGAUUAAAACGUGCCUAUGCAAGUCGAGCCAACGAGGAGGAUGACGAAAAUGAAGAAAAUGACAAGGAGGACGGUGAAUAUGAGGAGCAACCGCUGGACAGUGACGAGGAUGAGAUAGAUGAUGAAGGUGCUGAGUAUCUCGAAAAAUUAGAAAAGUCGGCAAAUGGUGACGACGAUGAUAGUGAAUACAGUGACGAUGGUAUUGAGGAAACAGCCUUAGAAAGUUACGCCACUCCACUCGAUGAGGAGGAAUGUGGAAUUGAUGAAUACCAAAUAUUCCAAAACAUUUUGGCAAAUCUCCAAGCGACAGAUAAACCAUGGUAUGAUGCGUUGGUUGGUCACCUGAACAAUGAGCAGACACAGCAGAUGAGGGAUGUGCUGACAUUGGCAGAUCAACGCAAGGCUGCGGCAGAAUCGAAACGCAUUGAGGAGCAAGGUGGCUAUAUGUUCACGCAGGUGGCAGUACCACAGAACUUCAACUUCUCUCCAUGAGGAACGAUUCGAUACCCAGCCUGAAGUGUGUGCAUGCUUACAGUGACUAUUUCACAUUGCACAGUGUUGUGGGCACUUUCUUGGGUACAGCAUGAUGAUCAAAUGUUCGAUUUCUGGCAGUGUUAAUGAAUAAUGGAGAAGAUUCCAAUGUAUUUUCUACCUAUAUUUUUGCAAACUCUUGUACUGUUCUCAUAAAGUGAUUGACUGUAGAAUGGAGAAGAAUCCAAUUGACUAUCAUUUCCUGUAAAAACAAACCCCAGUUGUUGUUCAUUUGGUGUCAUGCUCCAUGCUCUAAAACUUUGUCCAGAACUCUGUGAAAUGACUGUUUGAAUAUAAAAAGCCAGAACUGUGAUUUUUUUUUGAAUCCAGUCUUUGAUAUAUAUUAUUAUUUGUUGCUACUGUCGACUUCAUGUAAAAUAAGGCAAAAAAAUGUACGAGAAUUUGUCUACACAGUGUAUGGCCAGAACUUUAUGUUUGUCAUGAUGACCAGUUGCUUGUUGUGUACAGGCAUAUUUCUGAUUGUCACAUUUCGUCCCAGUGUGUUUGUUAUGUUUUGAAUCAAAACUUUUAUACUACUUCCAAAGAAGUUUUAAUGAAAAGGCCACAGACAUAAAAAUUCUGCUCAAAUCUUUGUCUGACAACAUUCAAAACCAUUCUUAUGGACACCAUGUUGGUCAUUUCAACGAUUGACUUAGAACAUUUUGGCGGUUAGUAUCAUUGAUUUGACGCCUCCACACUUUUCAAAACGGUGUUUUCUUGGUAGUCCUUCAUGACUUGAUAGGCGUAGUAUUUGCUUCAGUUAACAUUCUUAGAUGUAUACUUAUUUUGUAUGAGGUAAUAACUAUAAUCAUCACUUCAUGUCAACUCUUGUUUCGUGACUUAGCAAAUGUUGCAUCAUGUUGGCAUUGGACAGUGGUAGAUGCUUCCACUUUCUUUCACCCGAGAUUACAUUAGAGUUUUACUUUGGUAGCGACUAUGUGAUGGGUCGCCCUUUAGGGUUGGCUGAGGUAGUGUGUUGGUGUGUUGCACAUUUUUCUUAAAUCAUACAUAAUUUUACAUUAUGAGGCAGGGGGGGGGGCUAUGUGUAAUUCAACCUUGAUAGCCCUGAUUCAGGCUUUCUCAACAGAUUUACUCAUACAUCAAGGGGCUAUUAUAAUCAAAUUGAAACAUAUUGUUCCGUCGUUUCUCAACAUGUAGAGUCUGAUGAAGAGUAGGCCUUGUUUUAAACUUUGCUCUUGAAAAUAUCAGAUGUCUGCACAAUUUCUGAACUUGGCAGGGCUGUAUGAUUGUACACUUUGAAAAAUGUUGAGGUAAUAGAGCAGUGCGUUGGGUUUUGAUCAUUGAGUAGGUAAGGGGGAGGGGGAAUCCAUAUAUGCUUUGGUGCAUAAUCCCCCUGUUGUUUCAAAGCUUUGCUCAGUUAAUUGCAUGGGACUAUAAUAACUGAGUAGGCCUGAUUUUAAACUUUGCUCAGUAGCGUAAUAGUUCCAUGUCGAAACCCAAUGUUCGCGAAGUUCAGUCAAGAAAUAUGUCUGUACAAAGACAGGUCUCUACGUGUGCGCUAUUUAUUUUAUGUUUUAUAGGUGCAUACCUGAACACUGGUGAUGAAAUCUACACUCGGGUCAUUUCAUUCCUCACCUUGUCCCCAAGAUUUCUUCUAAGUACACAUCUCGUAAGAAGUGUCCUCGGGUGACACUUUUUUUCUCGGGCCAGCGGGUACAAUGUGCAUACAACCAAAGAAUUACUCUGGACACUUCUUCUAUGAGGUGGAUGUUGUAAGAAUGGUGGACAGGGUUGAGAUGUUUUUUGGCGGAAUAGCCCAAAUGAAUAUGGAAAUGCUAUUGAGGAAUAAAUUAAAACUUUAUUGGUCAUGUUCU